AGUGCCAGUCUCUUUGGCGUGGUUUCGCAGCUGCACGCUGUUGCCUGUGUAUUUUUAUUCUCGGCUGAAGGAGAGUCUAAGAAUAGGUAGAAAAGGCCACCAAAUUCUUUAUAAAAUCUUCUCAAGACUCAAUUAAAUGCCCCCGAAGAAGAAACGAGACGCCGAGAGCUCAUCUGAGUCAGAAUGUAAAAAAGCAAAGACAGAAAAUGAAAUCGUAGAUGCAGAGAGAAGUGAAUCGGCCACGGAACCGAGUGACAAUGGAACGGAUGAUCAUGUCCGUUCAGAAAAAGCUAAUGCAGCAUCGGCUGAGAGAAGCGAGGUUAGGAAUGUGCGCCCAUCUACACCAUGUGGGACUCUUUUGAUUUGUGGAGGUACAAACUGGGAUCUUAUUGGCCGCAAAGAGCUCCCAAAAUCAGCUAAAAACUAUGGUGGACCUAAUUUAUGGGAGCCUCAUCUGAUCUCAACAUUGUCAGGAAUUCGAGUGCGCCAUGCUGCCUCUGGUCCAAGUGCUUGUCACAGUAUCAUCGUAUGUGAAGAUGGGCGUGUCAUGAGUUUUGGGCGGAAUGAUAAGGGUCAGCUUGGUCAUGGUACAACUGAGCGCUGCGAUGUACCAAAAGUGAUUGACAGACUUAAGAUGCACACCAUUGUACAAGCAAGCUGUGGAAGAGGACACACCCUUAUUUUAACAGAUGCUGGUCUUGUGUUUGGCUUUGGUGAUAAUAAGCUUGGACAGAUAGGACAAGGUCACCAAAAGCCGACUAGCCUACCAUGUCCACUACAGAUUAUGCACCCUACGGAUAAAAAAGUUACAAAGGUCUGUUGUGGGGCCGAGUUCAGUAUGUUGCUAGAUGAGAAUGGAGAUAUUUUCUCAUUUGGCAGUCCGGAAUAUGGCCAACUGGGUCACAACACAGAUGGCCAGUACAUUGUCAGCUCCAACAAGAUGGGCUUUCAGUGUGAAGUCCUUCCUCGUCGUUUGGUCGUUUUUGUGGAGCGCAAUAAAGAUGGAUUUGUGAAUCACAUCGAAGGAGUCAAAAUCAAGGAUGUAGUUUGUGGCAAUAAUCAUACAAUGGCCUUAGAUGAGCAAGGGCGAGUGUUCACUUGGGGGUUUGGUGGGUAUGGUCGAUUAGGCCACCAGCAACCAAAAGAUGAGCAUGUUCCAAGACUUCUUACUUUCUUCAACACCAAAGGGAAUCCCUCAGUGAUCUUUGCUGGCUCCACAUAUUCCAUGGCUGUCUGCAUGGGGCAGCUUUACUUCUGGGGCCAGACCAAACAGUCAGGCGAGGCAGCUAUGUACCCCAAGCCUGUCCAAGAUCUGAGUGGCUGGCAAGUUAGAAGUGUUGGAUGCUCGAAAUCCAGUAUUGUAAUUGCAGCUGAUGACAGUGUAGUAAGCUGGGGUCCAAGUCCCACCUAUGGGGAAUUGGGCUAUGGCCUGAAGAAGGGAGGUCAGAAGUCAUCAACAAACCCUAAAAUUGUUGAACCCCUUGAGGAUAUUUAUGUGCAUUCCGUAACAUGUGGUAUGGGACAUACCCUCUUUAUCGCCAAAGAUGUUACACCAGAGGAUAAGACUAUGCUGGGAAAGAAGCCAGUUUAUACACCUGUGAAGGGUUAAUACUCAGCCCUGCAUCAACUCACAGUGUCUCGGACAAGCUGUGAUAUACAAGUCCCAAGACCUCAGACGAGCCCUCCCCUCUGUUAAGCAGCAAUAGAGUAUAAGUCUGCUGCCUCAUUAUGUUUUUAAACUUAAAAGCUUAAAGGCUUUUUUGCUAUUUCCGUUACACUCUAGGGAACCACAGAAAACGAUUCAAGCUAAAUACAUUUUUGUAUUUGUUCUUAAUUUCUGUUAUAUAGCCUUUAAUUCAUCAUCCUUGUAUUAUAUAAAGUUGCAGUAAUUUAUACCAGAAUAUGUGCUAGAUUCUUUAUAUAUCACUUAUUAUUUAUAAAGUGAUGACUUAUCACCUAUAUGGUAAAAUUUUAUUUGAAGGAAGCAACAUUUAGUGAUAUUUUUGUCAAAUAUUCCACUCUUGUAAGAUGCAUAGCCAUGGAUUGCUGAAGGGGAUGUGUAUUUAUAGCAAUAGAUAUCAUAAGCAAAUAGAUAUCAUAAGCAAAUUUUUAUGCAAAAAGAUUUUGCAUAAAAAAAGACUACUGUUGACAGUCUAGGGAAGUGGUCCUGUCCACUACACCCACACUUGGCUACGCACCUGAAUGAAACAGAGUGUGAUACUUGCCGACAAGACCAGAGUUAUAAAACAAGUCUAGCAAAAAUAUUAAAUAAAAAUUUAAAUUGCU